UCGGUGUCUCAGAAUAAGCUUGAGGUCUUACGACGCUAAAUUCGGAGUUCGAUUUCUAUAGUGGAUAUAACACAAAGAGCCCAAUGUGCAGCUUGGUGCUUAACAGAAAAGUGCCAGUCCCACAACGUAAACAAAACCAGGUUGUUACUGAAAUAGUUUACAGUUGAACUUAAAAGAAGAGUAACUUACGUCAAACACAAUUAGCGGUUUUUAUAUCAAUAUAUAUCUUUGUAUAAAUUUACACAAACUAAUAAGCUUACAGUCUAAACGUGUACAUUUGAUCUUAAUGACUCACUUAUUGCGAAACUGUCCAGCAACACCCCAUCGCGUCGUUUCCUCUUUCAAAAUUUCUACAGUACGAACGUCAUCUACAGUUCAGUACAGUAGAGAUCGGUGAACGGCUGUAAAUUGUUUCAUAUUAACUCGAAAGCGAGAUAAAAAAGGCCAGAAGCUACAGAGUUAUUGGAGAGACUUCACGACCCACCAUUUAAUCUUUGUAGUAAGAAGAAGCCAUGUCGACUUGUUGUGGAUCCACUAAUUACCGAGCUGUAGCUGAAUGGGUAAAUGCCGCCAGGGGGAACAUCCCUCAAAAUGCCGUCCAAGGUGGUUACGAUGGGAGAGACAUAAUCUAUAUUGGACGCGCUCAUCAACAAGGAGAAGUUGUUCCUGGAAAGGUCGUACCAAGUCAUGGAUGUUGCUACAUUCCUUGGAGCGGGAUGGAACACUCCCACAAAGAUUAUCAGGUGCUAGUAAACCGAAACGGCAGUAUUUUGGAGUGGCACAACAUGUCCAACGGGUUAACACCCACUGGAGCUAUCCAGGGUGGCAGGACUAACACUGGAGAACCCCUUUUCAUUGGCAGAGUCGAUUAUAACGGAACCAAAACCGUGGGAAAGGUCCACCCUAGUCACGGAGUGUUGUACAUCUCCUUUGGUGGAAAGGAAAUCUCCCAUAGCAACUACGAAGUGCUUGUGGCAAAAUAUUUACAACUGUAAGACUCGCUGUUCUGUUGCCAUGACAACUGUGCAUCAGUUCUAAAUGUCAUUCAGUGUUUCUUUAUCUUAUCAACAACUAAGCCCAAAAAGAGAGAGAGUCGCGUCGAAUACAUUUGACCUUUGUUUGUAUACUAUUCAUACAGUGUGGUAGAAAGUCUGGCCCGAAUAUCAGUCAGCUGAAACUUUUCUAAUAAAGCAUUUUUUCUUACUUAAAA